AUGUCCAGUAAAUUGAUAAGGCAAUUACUGCCAAGAUCAUCAUCAUCAUCACCAGUGCUCGGCAGCUUCCUCCGGGACCCAGCCACUAUUCUCUGGUAUACUAAGCAGGCUGAGGCGGUCAAGGAGUAUGGGCAUGGACCCCACCUUCCUGGCCUUUUGUUAUCAUGCUCAAAGGAGUUAAUGCAAGUUCAGAGAAUGACUCCUCAGGUCUGGCCGAACUGGCACAGCAUUGGGUAUGAUGAUACCUGUUUGUUGAUGCCUGCCUGGUGCAGCAAGAUUGUUGCAUGGGAGGCUUUAGGUAACUACACCUUUGACCUCCUGGUUGUGGCCGGGCUUCAGCCUUUCACCAACCCUACCUCCAAGUCCUGGGAGAAGGGAAAAGGUAAGGCAGUUGUCCCAGACCUGGAGCCAGAAGUGGAAGGGAGUUGGAAGAGGAAGUCUCCCAUGAUUCUGGCACUUCCCUCCAAACCACCAAAGUCCACUAUGAAGACUUGGAAGCAGAUGAAGACAAUUGGCCUUGCCAAGUUCAAGGUGUUUGUUGAGUCGGAAGAUGAUAAGGACUCAGUCACUCAGCUGAUUUCGCGUGGAGUGGUGGAGGUCGUCCUUCCCCAGCUCUCCACAGAUGUUGCAAGGACAUCCAGAUCCCCUCAGUCACCCCAGAGCCCCAAGAAGAAGAAACCUUUUGGGCCUGCUACGUAUCGGCUGGCUGGCAUAGACAUGCGCCUGGCCGGUGGGUAUCAGUUGCCAGGACCGCACCAGCCCCAUUGGCCACAAAGCAGGCAGGCUGUGCAUGUAGACCUAGUGCUGGCCAGAUAUGCCUGCAUCAUGCCACUGACUGGCAUGGCAUCUACACACACAUACGGGCCAGCUGGCCUUAUGUGUGGCAUCAGUGCUGGCCAGGCAUUCCUUGACCAUGCUACUGGCCAGCAUGGCAUCUAUGCACACAUACAGGCCAGCUGGCCUCAUGUGUGGAAUCAGUGCUGGCUGGGCAUGCCUUGA